UGCCCAGAAUGUGGAUUAAAAUUUGGAACUUCUGUUGAGGUGGACAGACAUCUUCGUCAACAUACUGGUGAAGACACAAUGGAUACCAAUCUUCCAAACACAAAUAAUGACGAUUCCGAACUUUAUCGUACUACACGUAUGAAUCCAAACGUCGUUUCGGACAAGGGAAAAAAAUCAUUUGCUUGUUCAAAGUGCUCAAAAGUCUUCUACUAUAAGAAAAGUCUAAUGAAUCACCUAAAGGCCCACAAAGACGCCGAAUAUCGAUGUGAAUUUUGUCCAAGUACAUUUACAUUAAAGAGAUAUUUAAACGAACAUAAGAAAAUAAUCGUCUCCCAGCAACAAAAAACAUUUACAUGCGACUUUUGUCAAAAAAAUUUUAUCUCUGUCGAAGAAUACUCUACACAUUGUAAGAACUGUACCAUUCGAUGUACCUGUCCAUUUUGUGGUACAACAUUUCAAGCAAUGAAAGUAUUAAGACGACAUAUAAAACAUACCAAUCUUCCAGAAAAGAUACAUAAGUGUGAUGAGUGUGGUUCAAGUCUGUCAAAUUUCCAUAAUCUGAAGAGACACAAAAAAAUUCAUGCAAAAACCAAAACAGUAGUUAAGCAUGAAGCUGAAACAUCAGGAAAUCUGGCUGAUAAAAAGAAAACUGGAAGGUUUCGUUGUGGUAUCUGUGGAGAUUAUUUCAACCAUUUAUUUAAUCUGGAAAGACAUGCUAUGAAACAUUCAGAAGCUACACCAUAUCAAUGUCAGGUCUGCUUCACCAGAUUCUCAGAAUUUCAGCAUUUACAGUGCCAUUUU